CUUACUCCGUCAACCCCAUCAAGUCGAACUCCAGAGACCUCUUCAUUCACAUUCGUACAUCAGAAUCAGGUAAAAUUAUAACUCAAUAAACCCAUAGUUAUUAUUUUUUUUAAAAUGUAUACAAGUCAAAAUACAGAGAAACGAUCACCGUAUUUGCAGUUCUUGAUUCAUACAUAAAAAGAUUAUUGUGUUUAACUUGACUGGAUUACAUAAAAAUCCCAACUUGGAUCGGUUUAUUUCUGGGUUUGGCUGAAUUCAGUGAUGUUUUGAUGGGUUUUUGGUUUAGUUGAUAAAAUAUUAUGUAGGGUUUUGUAAUUUGUUGAUUAUUGUUCGAUUAUGGCCACGGUUGUGUUGAGUUAUGUGCAAAAUUUAUGGCCUUUUUCUAUCUUGAAAGAUGAUUUGAGGGUUUCAAAUAGUUUAGUGAAGAAAUUGCCAAUACCCGAAAGCACAAAAAGGUUUGUUUAUGCUAUCCAAGAGCCUGAAUCAGGGGCCGUGAUAUAUGUUCUCUGUGUUCAGAAUUUAUCAGAAAGGUCAGCUUUAGAUGCUGAAUGCCUUAUUAAAGUGGUUAAACCUGAUGCCGUGCUCGCCCAGGUUGGUCCCUCGAUCGAGGGGAAUGAGUUUUCUAUGGAGAAAAUUGCAUCUGAAGCUUGUAGUAGCCCAGAUAGUUAUUUUAGUGCUAAGAGUGAUGAUAGGAGGGGUAAUGAGUUUCUGUUGCCAACAUCGGCAUUUGAGGUAUUAAGGAGGUGUUUUUUGCAUAAAAUUAAUAAGGAGAAGUAUGAGAAUGUGGCUGGGAGUUUGGUAUUGAGGGAGAUUUUCGGGGUCAGUUUUAAUGGUCAUUUCUUCUCGGCUAAGAGGGCUGCUGAGGAAGUUGGUGCGGCAUUCUUUUUGCUGGAGUCACCUUUUGUGAAAUGUAGUGGUGAUGGUAAAUGCUCUUCGGAGAUGGACAACGAGGAGGAGGAGGUGGUGGAGGUUGGGUUGGGAACUGGUCUUCGUGGCUUUGGUAUACAACCUAAUAGUUUGGUUCCUCAGAAAGGGAUCUCAAUGGCGUCAAUGAGUUUAAGGCGGUUUUCUGCUAUGAAUGAUGUUCAAUCCUGGAUGGUGAAGUCCUUGUCCAGAGAAUUGAGUAACUUAAGUUCUGUUCUAAAGGUGGGUUCUGAAGAUGUUCAACCCAGGGUUGAUUAUGAGGCCCCACAGUUUUCACAAUCCAUCUAUCCCUUACUCGUUGAUUUACAUGAUAUUUUUGUUGACAUCCCAUAUAUGGGCAGUGCUCUAGCUCAUGCUCAAAAGAUGCUUUCUGCUAUUAAUAAGGGAGAAGCUGUUGAUGGCCAGCUCCUUUCAGAAGUUCAUGUAUUUCGGAUUGCUGUUGAGGGAUUGCGGAUUGCUUUGAAUGAUGCAGCUCGGCUCCCUAUUAACAAAUUGGGGAACCCUCUCCCCUCUAAAUGUGAGUUUUCGGAGCUUCCAGUUCAGGAAAAGUCCCAUGCACUCAUUGCACAAGCUCUUCAAAGCCAGACUACAAAGUUCAAAUCAAUUGUAGCACUAGUUGAUGCUAAUGGCUUAGCAGGCUUGAGAAAACACUGGAAUACUCCUGUUCCAGUGGAAAUUAAGAACAUGGUUCAACAGCUGGUUACUAAUUGUGAGAAUGACAGGAAAAUACUCAGCGACAAGAAGGCGUUGCUCUCAGCAAAACCAAUAUUAGCAGUUGGGGCAGGUGCAACAGCAGUGUUAGGAGCAUCUUCCCUCUCCAAAGUCGUUCCAGCAUCAUCUUUGGUCAAGAUUUUGACCUUCAAUGUUCCUGCUUCGCUUAAACUUAUGGUGACUCAAACCUAUAAGGUUGUUGCUCUUACAUUUGGUAAAAGUGUUGGUCCUUCAAAAGUGAUCGCACCUGGAGUGGCAAGUGGAGUCAAAACGUCUUUUCUGAAGGCAGCUGCUUCUGCUGAGAAAAUUCGUGCUGUAGCUCAUAGCAUUAUAGCUUCUGUUGAGAAAACUAGCCUUUCUGCCACAAGAACUGCAUUCUAUGAAAUAAUGAGGAAACGGCACGUUCAGCCGGUUGGCUUUCUGCCAUGGGCUACCUUUGGAUGUAGUAUUGCUACUUGUGCAGGAUUGCUUAUGUAUGGAGAUGGAAUAGAAUGUGCAGUUGAAUCUGUUCCUGCCGCUCCUUCAAUUGCCAGUUUAGGGCGUGGCGUCCAAAGUCUACACCUGGCAUCUCAGGCAGUCCGGCAAGCUGAAAGCUCCAAAAUACAAAAGUCAAUAGAAUCCCUUCUUGAUAGAUUUAGGAAGAUGAAGGUUCAAUGAUGACAAUUUAACAAUAAUCUAAAGUUGCAAAUUGUUCCGACUUUAAUUUAUCCUAUAAUGGAAUACAUUAAAACGUAUGGUGUAAAUACAGUUCAGGAAGAGGUGUUUAGCAACUUGUUUUUGUAAUUCUUGUUGAUAUGUUGUCUGUAUACGAGAUUCUUAUUUGUGAUUGUGGAUGAAUAAAAGUUGGCACAAAGCUUGCACCCGA